CUCCAGAACGCCCUCUUGGGUCCAGCAAAGGUGUGGGCUGCGCUGUGCGGCUCCAGAGCUUUCUCGGGUUGGUAGCGGCGCGCGGGGAAGACCCCUGGGGGCGCUGUGUUGCCGCCUCCUGGUCCAGUUUCCUGGGCUGCACUCAGGGGUCAUUGCUUCUCUGGUACCCGGUCUCCUGCCGCCCCUGGCUUUCGCUCUGGGAGGCUCAAGCCAGGCGCCCGCAGGGGCUGUGUCGAGUGUGACCACUCUCCAAAGGUGAUGCAAGAGCCCUUUGCCUGUAUCUUGAGACUGGAAUCCUGGAAAGAAAUAUGACUGAUGCCUCCCAAUGCCAUUGCAUGCUAUUUGAUUAAGACUCAAGAAACAGGGAUGAAGGAAGAGAAGAAAUUUGGACCUCUUUAAAUCAGUGGCAACUUCAGUAAAAGCUGGAGAAUCAGUGCUUCAGUAAAAGCUGGAGAAUCAGUGCUGUGAUCCCUUUUGUGUAUGCAGUGUAUAAUAGUAGUAGAUAGUGGGUGAAGGUACUGCUGAGGAUGAAUGUGAUUUGGAGAAAUUAUAUUUGCUGCCUAAGACUAAGAAAGGUGCCACACAGAUGCCACAGUGGUUCCCACCCAGUGGCCCCUCUGGGAUCAAGAAUUUUAACUGACCCAGCCAAAGUUUUUGAGCACAAUAUGUGGGAUCACAUGCAGUGGUCUAAAGAAGAAGAAGCAGCAGCCAGAAAAAAAGUAGAAGAAAAUUCAGCUGUGCAAGUCAUUCCAGAAGAGCAAGAUAAGUAUGAAAGUGAAGCUAGUAAAUACUGGGAUGUAUUUUACAAGAUUCAUAAGAAUAAGUUUUUCAAGAAUCGUAAUUGGCUAUUAAGGGAAUUUCCUGAAAUUCUUCCAAUUGAUCUAAAAACUAAAGAUAAUACAAGAGAAUCAUCAUGGGAUCAUAUAAAACCUAAUGCCAGAAAUUGUUUCUCAAGAAUACAAGAAGAAAAAAACCAUUUUAAGAAAAGUUCUGGCUCAUCAGAUGGCCCAAGCAAAGCAGGAUCUGAUUUUUCCAACCUAGACCCUAAAAAACUUGGAAAAGGACCCCUGAAGACUGAAUUGUUUCCUGGUAGCAGGGCCAAUUUCAGAAUACUAGAGGUUGGCUGUGGUGCUGGAAAUAGUGUUUUUCCAAUACUGAACACCUUGCAGAACACCCCAGAAUCCUUUCUUUAUUGUUGUGAUUUUGCCUCUGGAGCUAUAGAGCUUGUAAAGUCACACUCAUCCUACAGAGCAGCCCAGUGUUCUGCCUUUGUUCAUGAUGUGUGCAGUGAUGGCUUACCCUACCCUUUUCCAGAUGGGAUCCUGGAUGUCAUUCUCCUUGUCUUUGUGCUCUCUUCUAUUCAUCCUGACAGGAUGCAAGGUGUUGUCAACCGGCUGUCAAAGUUACUGAAGCCUGGUGGAAUGCUGUUAUUUCGGGACUAUGGGAGAUACGAUAAUACCCAGCUUCGUUUUAAAAAGGGGCAUUGUUUAUCUGAAAAUUUUUAUGUUCGAGGAGACGGUACCAGAGCAUAUUUCUUUACAAAAGGGGAAGUCCACCGUUUGUUCUGCAAGGCUGGGCUAGAUGAAAAGCAAAAUCUGGUUGAUCAUCGCUUACAAGUUAAUAGGAAAAAACAAGUGAAAAUGCACCGAGUGUGGGUUCAAGGAAAAUUCCAGAAACCAUUGCACCCAAGUCAGAAUAACUCCAAGUGAUAUUUUCAUUCUUUUCUCAUGACUGAACUAUGUACCAUGAUGAAGUACAAAGCCAGAAGACUACACUAUCCAAAGGCUCCUGCAAAUCUUUUAUUUCUCAAAAGACAAAAAGAAGAAGAGAAUUUGUUUCCUUCUGUCUUAUCAUGGGUGAGCUCUUCGAGCAUUUGAAGCACAUUUAAGUGAUUUGGAAGAGUGUACCACUUUCUGUGUUUUCAAAACUUGAUACCCAAGCUUGUUUGGGUUUAUUACAUCUACCAAUUUUGCUUUUCCCUGAGUUUUAAAAACAUUCAAUUAAAUUACUAAAAUAAAUCAGAUAAUUUUGAGAAACUAUAACCUGCCAUUUUUUAAGAAGCAGAAAAAUCAUCUUCUAUAUUUAUAUAUAUAGGCUUAGUAAAGCAUUUUUCCCAGUCAAGCCCUCCUCCAUUGUCAUCUUGUGGCAGAUAGGCAGUAUGUCAUGUUUCUAGGGAAAGCUACAAGCCCAAUAUCAAGAUAUAUUAUUAUUUUUCCCCCAAAGCUUUCUUUGUUUGUAUGUUUGGUUUGGUUUGAUAUUUUUGUUUUUUGAUUCAAAAACUAUUGUCUGAAAUGCAAUUUUAGUUUCUCUUUCUUUUCUAAAAUUGGGAAAGUAUGGCCAAGCUAACAUUACUUUUAGGCCAUUCUUAGAUGUACAAGUUGUUGUAGACUCUCUUUAGGACAACUGUCAUAACCAAGAAAAUUCCUAUAGCAAUUAAAGAUUUAUUUACUCCACUUCUCAAAGAACACAUGUUGGUUUACAAACUUCACUUUGUAAAAAUGGAGUUUUUAAGAUUGGUCUUUCAUUACAUAAUAUUCACUGAGUACUUUAUGUUGUGCUGAAUUAUGUAAAAUAAUAUAAUCAAUAAAGACCCAGCCCUGUCUUCAGGGAGCGUAAGUAGAAUCUAGCUGGCAAAGCAAAAUGUGCAUAUCUUAAACCUCUAAAUCAUGAUAUAAGAUAAUAUAUGAACAAAUACUCACAUGGAGAACUCAUUAGCUAGUGAACUUUGAUUGUGAGUCCCAGCAUCUGGAAGAAAUGGGCAAUUUCUUGAAAGGGCCAUCAUUGGAAUAAUUAAGUUUCAUCUGUUUUUCCUUUUCAAAUUAUUUGAAAUUCAGUUUUCUAGAGGAAUAGAAUCGGUCCAGCUUAGGUCAUGGGUUCAUCUCUUAUUGAACUGGGGGCAAGGCAGCUUAAUUGAUUUACCACCAGAAUGUGUGAGUGGAAGAAAGUUCCUCAAAGGAAAAUCAAAACCCUGUUAUCAAAAAGAGGAGGAUGGAUGUUGGUCUGUCACCAUCAACACAUCACCUAGUAGUGGUAACACUUGACAUAGUUUUAAAAAGAAUCAGGCUUCUUAGAGGAGGUGGGCUUCAGGCUAGUCCUUGGACUUUCUGUCCUCAGAAUAAGACAAGUCUUUUGGUGUGAAAUGUUAAUGAUGAGGAAUAGUAGAGAGAAGAUGGGCAAGAACGAGUCAGUUCGGAAACAGUCUAGAAUAUCUGUGUGUUGACUUCUAGUUUCAACUGGAGCCAUCUGAAGUUGAUUUCUGUUUCAUACUUGCUAUAGUGUUUUAUAAAAGUGUUAGAGAGAUUUGUUGAAGAGUUGUCUAUACAGUGGAAUGGAGUGAGUCAGAAAUCAGUGGCAAAGAAGACCACAGAAAAAUUUUUGCAUAAACUUGCCUUGGUGGGAAGUCCUAAGAAGUAUAGUUAUCAAUUUCUGUUUAAAUGUGCAUACAUCAGUAAAUGUAAGAGUAAAAAUUUGCCUGAGACUCUUAA